UUUUCCUGAACUCGUCCAAUGAGAACAGCUGGCCGGCAUCACAUGACACAAAUUUACGUAACCGUUUUUUUUCCCCUUAUGCGCUGCUCCAUUGAGAAUAAUAUGGGUGCUCCCUGGACUCAGCAGUGUGCCGUCAGUGUGGUCAUUCGUUCCCCAGCAGCAGGCAUGACAGACAGCGGGGGUCUGGAGCAGAUCCGCACCCAUAGGUGAGUGGAGAGACUUCAUACUUGCUGACUAUGGGGACAGAGAGGGAGAGUAUGCUGCAGCUGGCAGCAGAGGCUUUCCAGUUGAAAAACUUCGACCUGGCUGCGGAUAUCUACGAGUGCCAACUAGCGGGUCCCGGAGAUCCACAGAGCCGGCAGGAGCUGAUGGUGAAGCGGGCUGACGCGCUCGCAUUUGGGGGUAAAUUCCCAGAAGCUUUCGACUUGUACCGACAAGCGUCAGAGACAGAGAGACUGAAACCUGUCCACCUGAGCAGCCUCAUAGAGUACCUGUCGGACAGUAUCAAGAGGCAGGACUGGGGGGACCGGGGCCCGGGGAGAGGAGAGGGCGCGGCGGCAGCAGCAGCUCCAUCCUCCGGAGUUGGAGCCACAGGUUUCGGCUAUGAAGACAUCACUUGCCGGAUCUGUCUGAGCUUUCUGUUCGAGCCGGUGACUCUGCCGUGCGGACACAGCUUCUGUAAGAAGUGUCUGGAGAGGGAGAUGAAGGAGAAGGAGCGGCCGGUCAUGUGUAAGGAGUGCAAGGACAGCUCCAGAGUGGCCGACGUCCAGACCUACAGGGUCAAUGUGGUCCUCAGCAACUUGCUAGCCAAGUGGUUCCCGACCUCGCACCAGGCCGGCCGGCUGAGGCGGGAGGGCAACGCGCUGUACGCCGAGAGGAAGAUGGAAGCAGCGCUGGAGAGAUACAACCAAGCCAUACUCAUAGCACCCAUGGACCACAUACUGUUCAGUAACCGCUCCCAGAUCCACUCCAGUCUGAGACACUAUGAAAAAGCUCUGAGAGACGCAGGGAUGGCCUGCAGACUCAUGCCUUACUGGUCCAAGGGUCAUAUCCGUAAGGCCCAGGCCCUGGUGUCCCUGGGCAGGACGGAGGAGGCUCUGAGGGAGUACCUGGUCUGUCUGUCCAUAGAGCCUGACUGUAGACUGGCCAAGACUGAGGCGCACAAGCUCCUGUGUGAUCUCCUGGCUCCAGUUACUGAUCAGGUCCCUGAACACAUCUCGGACUGCUCCAGUACACUGUUUUUCAGAGGGCACAUCAAGAACAGCAUCCACAUUCCCUCCCAGAUCUUUAGUCCUAGCUUGAUGUCAUCAGCGUCCACAUCUGAGAGCUCAGAGGGAGGUGAGGUCAAAGGUCAGCGAAACCCUGAUGUCAGGAGGCCGGACCAUCGUUUCCUCCUCAAAAGGAAACAGAGGAGCACAGAGGAGGAGGUGGAGGAGGGAGGAGACGAUUGCAAGAGAGCAAAGACUGAGCCAGCAGAGGGGACUGAUCCAGUGAGUUCUGCAGUUCUGGACCCGACAGAUCUGGAGUGUUCUCUUUGUAUGAGACUUUUCUAUGAGCCAGUGACGACACCGUGUGGUCACACGUUCUGUCUCCGCUGUCUGGAGAGAUGUCUGGACCACAACCCUCAGUGUCCACUCUGUAAAGAGGAGCUGUCCGAGUACCUGGUCCAGAGGCAAUACUGUAAGACCGUGUUAAUGGAGAACCUGAUAUCCAAGUAUCUUCCCUCCGAGCUCUUAGAAAGACAAAAGAUCCACAAGGAUGAAAUGGCAGAGCUCUCAAAUCUUAACAAGAAUUUGCCUAUAUUUGUGUGCACCAUGGCCUUCCCCACUGUGCCGUGCCCUCUCCAUAUCUUCGAGCCCUGCUACAGACUGAUGAUUCGCAGAUGCAUAGAGACGGGAACCAACCUUUUUGGCAUGUGUCUGGGAGACAACCUCAAAGGGUUUGCAGACUACGGGUGUCUGCUGGAGAUCCGCGAUGUGAAGUUCUUUUCUGACGGACGUUCAGUUGUGGACACCAUCGGCAGACGGAGGUUUAAAGUCAUUCAGCACAGCGAGAGGGACGGAUACAACACAGCUGAUAUCGAGUACCUGGAGGACGUGAAGGUGGAGGGUCUGGCAGAGCAUGAGCUGCAGUCCCUGCAUGACACGGUAUACGACCAGGCGCUGGUGUGGGUCAACUCCUUGAAGGCCGAGCAGAAGGAACGCAUAGAAGGACACUUUGGACCCAUGCCUCAGAAAGAAUCUAAACUUCAGGACAGUCCUAACGGCCCCUCAUGGUGUUGGUGGUUACUCGCCGUUCUUCCAUUAGAAGGCCGGGCCCAGCUGCCGUUCCUGGCCCUCACCUCUCUGAAAGACCGCCUCAGCGGCAUCCGCAAGGUGCUGCUCCUCAUGACCCACAGCAGGCACCGGUGACAGUGAAUCUCUCCCGGAGCGUGCACCCGCCUGGAAAAAUGAAGUAACCGCCUCCUCCAAAGCAGCGGUUGACCUGUUGUUCUUCCUUUUGAUGCUCAAAGAAACUGAUGCUGUUGCACCUUUCCUUGUUGUAGCGCCAUCCCAUUCAGAAAGCAGCGCCGGACUCCUCUACACAGAACUCUCUUUAACAGAAA